ACUGGUGCCGAAGCGAGAGAGCGGCUGGGUGGCCGCGGCGCGGCGGGAUCGUCUCUACGCUCCUCGCGCUGCCCGCUGCGCCCCUGCUCUUCCCGCCGACCAGUGCCCGCCCGCCCGCUCCUUGCCCCUCCGCAGCGCACCGACUCGCCGCCGGACGGGGGAUGCGCACCCCGCCCGCCUCCGGGGGUCAGCGAGGUGCCAGGCCCUCCCUUUGCUGAUGGCGAGCUUCUGCCCAGGGACCCCGGCUUCUUUCCCGAGGACGAGGAGGAGGCUAUGACACUGGCCCCACCCGAGGGCCCCCCAGAGUCCGACAUGGACAGCCCCAUGGAGAGCACGCAGAGCCUGGAGGGGUCGGUGGGGAGUCCCCCCGAGGAGAAGGACAGAGGACUUGGGGGCCUCUUCCUGCCAGAGGACAAGUCCCUGGGCCACGCGCCAUCCAUGACCACAUCGGACCUCUCCACACACUCCACCACCUCGCUUAUCAGCAAUGAGGAGCAGUUUGAAGACUACGGGGAGGGGGACGAUGUGGACUGUGCCCCCAGCAGCCCCUGCCCCGACGAUGAGACCAGGACCAACGUUUACUCAGACCUGGGAUCUUCAGUGUCUUCCAGCGCGGGGCAGACCCCCAGGAAAAUGCGGCAUACCUACAACAGCGAACUGCUGGAUGUGUACUGCUCUCAGUGCUGCAAGAAGAUCAACCUGCUGAAUGACCUGGAAGCCCGACUGAAAAACCUAAAGGCCAACAGCCCUAACAGGAAGAUCUCCAGCACGGCCUUUGGACGGCAGCUCAUGCACAGCAGCAACUUCAGUAGCAGUGACGGCAGCACCGAGGACCUGUUCCGAGACAGCAUCGACUCCUGUGACAAUGACAUCACAGAGAAGGUGAGCUUCCUGGAAAAAAAGGUGACAGAACUGGAGAAUGACAGCCUGACCAACGGCGACCUGAAGAGCAAGCUGAAGCAGGAGAACACACAGCUUGUGCACAGGGUGCACGAGCUGGAGGAGAUGGUGAAGGACCAGGAGACUAUGGCCGAGCAGGCCCUGGAGGAGGAGGCGCGGCGACACCGCGAGGCCUACAGCAAGCUGGAGAGAGAGAAGAGCACGGAGAUCGAGCUGCUCAACACCAGAGUGCAGCAGUUAGAGGAGGAAAACACUGAGCUCAGGACAACAGUGACCCGGCUCAAGUCACAGACCGAGAAGCUCGAUGAGGAGCGGCAGCGCAUGUGUGACCGGCUGGAGGACACCAGCCUGCGGCUCAAAGACGAGACGGACCUGUACAAGCGCGUGAUGGACAAGCUGCGGCAGAACCGCCUCGAGUUCCAGAAGGAACGGGAGGCCACGCAGGAGCUCAUCGAGGACUUGCGGAAGGAGCUGGAGCACCUGCAGAUGUACAAGCUGGACUGCGAGCGGCCAGGCCGGGGGCGCAGCUCAUCGUCUGGCCUGGGCGAGUUCAACGCCAGGGCCCGCGAGGUGGAGCUGGAGCACGAGAUCAAGCGGCUCAAGCAGGAGAAUCAUAAACUACGGGAUCAGAACGAUGACUUGAAUGGACAGAUCUUGAGCCUCAGCCUCUACGAAGCAAAGAACCUCUUUGCCACGCAGACCAAAGCCCAGUCUCUGGCCGCAGAAAUAGACACGGCCUCUCGAGAUGAGCUCAUGGAAGCCCUAAAGGAACAGGAGGAGAUCAACUUCCGGCUGCGGCAGUACAUGGACAAGAUCAUCCUUGCCAUCCUGGACCACAACCCCUCCAUCCUCGAGAUCAAACACUGAGAUAGGGGCUGGCUGCAGAGCGGCCUCGGGACCCUCAGAGCCCUAGCCCCAGGGACCCAGGCACAGAGCCCACCAGAGGAUGCGGUCCAAGCUGAGCCGCACGCCCACACAUGCACACCCAUGCACACACUGUAAACGUGUCUCUGGUCACCAUG